UGGUGUGUGAAUUGCAUCUUAACAACAACAAAAAAAUUAUAUAUAUAGUGAGAACCCAUGGGAACAACAUAAGCAGGGGACUUGGCAGCUGUCCAGGGUCUGCAGCCCUUUCUCGGACUCCACGUUACUCCUUUGGACAAAGGACCUGAGGAUGAGGGAGGAUGUGGCCUGGUGCAGGGAGCGCAGGGUCCAGAGAGGGCCGCAGGGCCCAGAGAUGGCCGCAGGGCCAGGGGGCUGUGAUGGGGCUGGAGCCAGGUGAGUUGGGCAGCCUGCUUCCUUCCAGGGGCUGGAUGAAAGGCUCCAGAGAGGCUCGGGCACCUGAGGUGCAGGAAUCUCAGGCAUGUGGCCCUGAGCCCAGAGAUAGGACUCCUCCCAGGGCUGGAAGCCUGGGUGGGACCCACAUCCAGACAGGGGCCUCUGGGGUGACCUGGCAUCUGCGGGUCUGGAAGCCUUGCUCCCUCAGGACUGGCACUGGCUUGCCCAGCUCCCUCCCCGUGGUGGGCUGGGCUGGGAGGAGGGGUGGGGGUGCACUUACAUUUUCAGGUCUUUCAAGCCCCUGGCCAGCCAGGCAGCCUGACUAACCAGCUCCUCCAGGCCCGAGGUGUUGGGGGAGGGGGUGUGGCUGGAGGCUGCCAGACCAGCCCCAGGCUUCGGAUGUGGAGGAAGGCCCGGUGGGUGCUCUGAAGGCUGUCAUGGGGCUCCCCUGGAGGCCGCCUCACCCUUGGCUGCUGCCCCUCGUGGUGCUGGUCUGGACCCAGCCCUGCAUGAGCCUCGAGCUCAUCCCCUACAAGCCGCAGAUAACGGCCUGGAACCUGGAAGGGAAGGUCACGGCCACCACGUUCUCCCUGGAGCAGCCGCGAUGUGUCCUGGACCAGCACGCCAGUGCAGCCGACACCAUCUGGCUGGUGGUGGCCUUCAGCAACACCUCCAGGGACUUCCAGAACCCACAGACACUGGCUGAGAUCCCAGCCUCCCCACAGCUGCUGACAGAUGGCUACUAUAUGACGCUGCCCCUGACCCUGGACCAGCUGCCCUGUGAGGACCCACUGGGUGGCAGUGGGGGCGCCCCUGUGCUCAGGGUGGGCAACGAUGCUGGCUGCCUUGCUGACUUCCAUCAGCCACGUUACUGCAACUCCCCCCUCCCCAGCCCUGGACCUUACAGAGUAAAGUUCCUGCGGCUGGACUCCAGGGGCUCACCCCAGGCCGAGACCAGCUGGUCUGACCCCAUCGCUCUCCAGCAAGGCAAGUCCCCAGGCUCCAUCGACACGUGGCCAGGGCGGCGGAGUGGUGGCAUGGUCGUCAUCACCUCCAUCCUCUCUGCUCUGGCCGGCCUCCUGCUCCUGGCCUUCCUGGCAGCCUCCACCGUGCACUGCUCCAGCCCGUGGUGGUCUGAGGAGGCCCCGGAGCAGCUGCGGAUCGGCUCCUUCAUGGGAAAGCGCUACAUGACCCACCACAUCCCGCCCUGUGAGGCUGCCACCCUGCCCAUGGGCUGCGAGCCUGGCCUGGAACCCCUCCCCAGCCUCAACGCCUAGCCUGGCCCAUAUAGCUGGGCGGUGGGGGCACAGAGGUGCACUGACCCCAUCCGCAACCCCUGCGCCCACGUGCCCCUCCCCCACGGCCCCUCCCACCCGGCCUGAAAUCCCACCACUAGCAGCCCAGCCCUGCCUCUGGCUUUCUCAUUUCCCCUCCCCAGGCAGUGAGGUUGCAUUCAGGGGAGGGCUGUGGUCAGGCUGGCCCCCACCUCCAUCCCUGCCUCUGUUCUGCCUGCCUCAAGCGAGGCUGAGGCAGCGUGGAGAGAUGUGGAGAGAAUGCCCGGACAGGAAGGCUCCAGGCCCCAGGAAGAGGCCUGCGGGUAUCUUGCUCUGUCCUGGGCAGGGGGCCAGGCUGGGCCCAUCAUGGGGUCUGUGAGGCCUGAGCCUCCGUCUGUCCCUCUCUCUCAUCCAUCCAGUGGCUGGGGCUGCAGUGAAGCCUUUAGAGAUGCCUCUGCUGUCCCCGGACACUGGCCCUUUCUGAGGGUGGCUCUCACCGGCUGGAAGAUCAAAGAGAAAGUAUGUUAUGAUCGUCUGGCCACCACUUCUAAGCCCCUUGCACACAGAUGGCUCAUGGACUUAUCCCCUCACUCUCCCUCCACAGCACUUACUGAGCACCUGCUGCAUGCCACACACAGUAUUAGACGUGGGUACUCUCUGAGAGCCCAUUGCUGGUCUUGGGGAGCUCACUCACUGCUCUGGGCCUCAGAUAAGCACAUGUCCUGAUGUUACUUUUGGGGGGCUAUCACGCCUUUGGAUUGUCACACACCAUCGAGAUCCGGGGCUUUCUGGGGUCCACCAGCGCCCAUCACCCAGGAGGACAGGCUUCAGACUCACGGCCGUUCGUCGGCAAGGCCGGUGGUUCCCACUACGGCCACAAGGAGGCGCCAGUGCACCACAGCCGUAGGGUCCUGCGCGUGCGCACGCCGAAGCGCAGCAGCGCGUCCGUCCCUCCCAAUGACCCGAGGUCCACAAGCGGCCGCCGCUCAGCGGGGUCUCUGGAGGUCAGGGCUCCAGGUCCUUCCUUGGCCAAGGCAGAGGGAUCAGCAGUCACACUCCCGCUUGAAGAUCUACAGUGUGUCUGUAGUCCGGUCCGCACAGCUGCCACCGUUUUCUAGAUGGAAAAAGUGAGGCUCAAUAACCUCUCCCUGCUCCCCCCGCCCCCGCCGCCACCGCGCUCUGUCCAGGGUCACAGCACCAUGUGUCCCCAGGCCGCUCUGGACCGUCUGUUCUGACUGUGGCUCCCAGCACACAGGCUCCCGGAGGAGGGCAUCCAGCCUGUCCCUCCCACCCUUUUGGAGAUGAAUAAAUGCAGCCUGGCUCCUCCGU